AUGAAGAAAAAAAUCACACUAAAAGACAAAGCAACAUGGACAGAAGCACAGAAAACAAGCUACAACAUGAAGUAAGAAUUCCAUUGUAUUAGGUUUUUGUAAUACACUUGGUCCCAUAAGAAUUGAGACAUGGAGAAAUGAGCUUUCAUGAUUCAUAAAGAAGAAAGUGAUAUGUCCAAAAAUAUUGUGCUAAUCAUUUUCACUGAAGAUUAUUUUGAUGGCUGAUACCAAAGAGUAACAGUGUAAUUUUGUAGGGCUUUGUGCAAAGUGGUAAUCAAAAUGAGUGUCUCUUUUUGUAAUAUUUUAGAACUGCUAUUGCAAUUAGUGAAGCGAAAAAGUUGUGGCCAGGAAAUGAAAAGAUAUAUUUCAAGACAAGUGAACGAAAAAAGCUACAACUGGAGGAGCUUUGCACCAAAUUGGCUCAAUACUGUGCUAUUCCAGAAAUUGGAUUUGGAUAUGGUAAGUGUGGAUUAUUGCUUGUGAGGUGACAGCUCAGAGGGCUUUUUAGAUUGACUUUUGUUAUGACCAAAAUGAAAAUUAAGGGUGAAAGAAAGUACGUGAAGAAGGUUGACUAUCUUGGCCAAAAAUGAGCUCUUCUAGCUUCUAAAAGGGACUGCUUCCCUCCAAGGCUAUAAUGCAGCUGACUAACUGAGAUACCACAUGUGAAUAUCUAGUAAAAGGACACUGGUUCCACAUCCUGUUACUCAAAGUAUAAUUUACAUAAUAAGGUUUGUUGUCAGCUGAAUGAUCGUUAAAGAGUUUUGACAAUUAUUGUUUUAUUUACAUAAUAAAUUGUUAUAACAUUGAGUUUGCGAUAUGUUGUACCUUUCAGAUGCUAUUCGCGCGCACAUAAUACAGUGGGCCCAGGAAAAAAAUCGGAAAAUUACAAAUGGCUAUAACUAUAAGGUAAAUUAUGAAUUCUUGCAUUUCACUGUUGUCAAUGCCAGUUAGUACAUAGUGUAUUUACACUAACAGGCUGAGUUUUGGGUGAGGAUACAGUUUUAAAUUUUGAUAUCUUAAUCAAUCUCAACAAAUUCUAUAAUUACCGUAAAUAAUUUCAUUUUUGUAAUGUCACACCUUACAACUCUAUUAACCUGUCAAGAUGGUUCAAUAAAAAAGGAUAAGGAUUUGGUCAGAAUUGAAAAGUGUUUCUCCUGUGUAUUUUGUCUUUCUCAGACUGCUAAAGCUUUGAACAGAAUUUGUCAAUAACAUAGGACAUAUCUCUCAUCUUAUCUCUUAACUCAUAAGAAUUAUUUUUAGUUACGGUAAAAAAUAUUUGGCGCGUUGAUCAGGCCUGGGGGCACUGUCAUAUGCCAUUUUUUGUUUCCCCAACCGGUAUUACUAGGAAUUAUGCAAAAAAUAUGAAACCAUCAUGUUGAGUUGGUAUAUUGUCUCCUUGGGAGAUCAAUUAAAACUUGAGCCAUUAAUUCCACAUCAGAGUGGUUUCCCUUGGAAGAUUAAUAACAUUUCAUGUAUUAGUUUUUAAGAGCAACUCCACGUAACCAGCAACUACACGUGGAAAUAGUCAAAAAAUGACCUCCCCUCAAACUCAGCCAGAAUGAAGCUCUGUGGGCCCUAGUUACAAAAUCGUUGGUUUAAGUUCGAUCGAUUGAACGGUAUUUUUUUAACGAAUUUUUUCUUCCCGAGGCCUAAAAUGAGCUAAAAUUAUGCAAAAAUUAGAGCCAGUUUCAGUGGCUCGUAUAAUUAAACAUUAAGAUUGUCAUUAAAAUAUAACUGCACGUCAUAUCUUUAUUUCUUUUCCUCUAUAACUAGAACUAAUAAGAUCGCGAUUUAGUCAAUAAUAGAUUUUUUAACAAAUUUUCAAAGUGUUGACUCAAAAUCGCUUUUCAAACGGUCAAAAUUUAGCACAUUUUCAAGAGCAAAAAAAGCGUAUUGGUACAUGGCUUUAACCAACAAGGCUUGCUUAGUCUGAAAGAGCAUUCUUUUUUCUUCAAAUUAGCGAAAUAAAAUUUUUGGGUAAAUGAAAUCAUGAGCUUUGACAAAGCAGAGUAAAAUGCUAAUAUUACAAUUAAAAAUAUGACCUCUGACCCGAGUCAAGCAACUGCGAAUAAUGGUAGGCGGCAAACCUUUGGUUAUCUUUUGUUUUUUUUUUAGCAAUAUCCAUCCGAAAUACCUGUAGAUGAGAAGCAGUGUUAAAAUACAAAAGGUGUAAGUUAUAAAAUCUUCGAUGUAGCAAAAAAUUACAAGACACAAGAAACAAUUUUUGUCGUCUUCGCUUUCUGGCACUAGCUUCAGCCUGUUAUCGAAUUUCAGUCAAGCAUGCCGGCAAAUCAGUAGUUGCAUAAAUAAACGUUAUCAGGUGACAAUUACUCACCUGAAACUUUUAAGUCUGCGAGUCUAUGUGGCCGUUUAUAGGGGAAUUGAUUUCUGGAAUGCCUUUUGACUGGCCUGCAUUAAAUAGUUUUGUAUUUUUUUUUAUCAAAUUAGCGAAGCGAGAGCAGUUCAGACUGGUAAUCAAUUAUUUGACAGGUGUCAGUAGCCUGACUCACAAUUUUCCCGUGUAACCAGACGCAAAAAAGUACUGCCUUGGAAUUUUGUUAGUUUUAUUUGAUUACGUUAAUAUGCAGGAACACUUAAAUAAGACGAAAGAAAGAGGUUGAUUAGUUGAAGGAGUUUUCAGUACUCAGUUUUUAUAUACUGUGUCGCCUGGAGCGCUCCACUCGCCAAAAUGGCUUCAUGUGAAUUUUCUAAGUAUGUCGGAGGUGAUUGUGGAGCAAGCUUAGUGCUUGCAAGUGGUGAUUUGUGUGUAAGAAUUUCUGAAUGCUCUAAGGACAUCAAAGGCCACCUCGAGACGUGCUGCGUUUCAGAUGGUACACUAUGUUCAGAGGCGACGCUUCUGUUGGCGCAUGCAGGUAAAUCAAAUUCUAUCCGAGUUUCACCUGUGGUAGCACGAAUGAAAAAGUUAUUUUAUUCAACUUAUGUAACAAAAAUGUGCCUAAUCAUAGGUAUCUUUGAGGAACAAGAGCAAUAUUUUAAUCUCUCUAUUUGCCCAAGACACCGCGAUGCAUUUGGUCUUAGAUGGCGAAGCAACCGAAAACUUAUGUUCUUCUCCAAGUUCAUGGGCUUUUCACAGAAAAGCCUAUGUGAAGGGCGAGUGAGAGAUUACACAGACACAGUCUCACCGCCUCUACAUGGCCUGCAAAAUCGUCAUCCCUGUUGGCUCAAGUAAGUUAGUUGAAAGUGGAAAUAGUGCCGGCCACACCCUGUCCACUUUCCCCUUUUGAACCUGAUGCCUCUAUUUUUUUAAGCUUUAGACCAUUUAUUCACUUCGAAUACUUGUUAGGUUGCUUUAUAUAUUUAGUUCGAUAUUUAAACAAUAGUUGGUUUAUAAUUAAAAGGCUUAUCAUUAGGCCUACUGACAAAAAGCAGCUGAGGAUGUAAGUUUCGCGGACUAUAUUUCCCUAAUAAAGUUCUGUGUAUAUUCUUUUGAGGCUUCAGUUGGAUAAGCUACAAAGUGAUUUUUCUUUCUUAGCAAUUUGUACACAAUGUCACAAAAGACUCGACGAAAUCAGUGAAAGCAUUGAAGGACAAUCGGCAGCAGAGGCAGCUGUACCCAUAAUGAACAAUCCGGAAGCCAUUGAACUGGAUGAGGUUAGGACAAGAUUUAUCCUUCAUUUUCAAGUGGUAAAAUUCUUAGAAAACGAAAAUAGUUACUUAUCAAUACCAAGAGAAAAUUUAAAAAACAACGUUCAGAUUUCAGGAAACCAUACAUGUAAAUCCAGUUCUGGUUAUAGCACGGACUGAUUUUUUCACAUUGCAUCCACUCAUGAUGACUGCACAUAACAGGUAAUGGCCACCGUGAAAGAGAGAAAGAAAAAGUUUAUACAGAAACAUUAUUAAAAUAAAGUUGAUCGAGAAGAACGUUAAUAGAAUUUCCAUUGCUUUUUCCGCCUUUUCGUGCGUGCCUUACACGUAAACUCGGCCCAGUCCUCGCUCACUUAUCUUUUCUAGCCCCUGAUGAAUGAUAUAAUAUCCCAGGCAAGACAGUAAAAAUUGUGCUUGUUUGUCAAGAUUUGUGCUGCUCGCUGUUAUGACCAAAAGGCCUCUACGUUUUUAUCAUCUUAUAUUAUUUUACUGACUUGUUACUGCAGUGUACCAAGUUUCAUCGAAAAGAUUCUUUUACUUGGGAAUUCAUUACUGAUGUCACUUAAAAGUCAUUGUUCGUUUGACAAGUACAUAUUAUUAUUAUUACUAUUAUUAUUAUUAUCAUUAUCAUUAUCAUUAUCAUUAUCAUUAUAUCAAGUGACUCUGUUACUGUCAUUGUUUAUCUCUGAUUUAGGGCACAAGAAAAAACAAAAGGUAUUUUCAAAUCAUAAGCAAGAGACUUACAGAAACUAAGACGUUGGAAGUGAAAACAGCUUUAGUUUUUUUUGUUUGUUUGUUUUUACUGCGAGUCUCUUUUUUUUUAAAAGUAGUAAACCAACCCUUUUCUCAAAAUUUCAGGGGACGGUGAACGAUGAAUUCACGGAAUUAUAUACACGAAUAAUGGAAAUGUCAUUGAAAAAUGAAAGUUUUUUCGUUCCUGACGAGGACAGUGUCAGUAGCAGUGACGAGGAAUCGGAAGAGCCUAGUAACGAGUAUAUACGAAGAGAGCACCUUAACAGAUUUCUUGAAACUUGUAACGUCCAAAAAUUAACUCGACCAAGGAACAGAUGGGCCGAGGCAGGUGCGCGCACGCAUAGCAACCACGUGAAAAAGGCUAAAGACGUUAUUGUAGCGGCUUUAGAUGUUAUCACGCCUGGUGAUGCGGCUCAUUUAUGGGAUGCACUUCAGUCUUCAAUGCUUGUCGACAAAGAGCUUGGAUAUGAAGGUAGUGCCGACGGCAAAUAUCUUGAAGCCUUGGCAGAAACAUACAAAAAUGCAUCCGCCUGGGAUACUAGAAGACAAGUCUUGUCCAUAAUGGCUGAUCUAGUCCCCAUCGAACGCCUUCAGAGGUAUCUACCUGGUAUCACUGAGUACCGAGUGAAAAUUGCGCGACUGCACAAACAUGUUUAUGGUCGACGGAAUCCACUUCCAUCAAGGUAUAGUCCUCGAAUGAGAGUAGAGGCCACCCAGCUUGAUCAUUUUUUGACGUUUAUAACAAGUCCGCACAUCAUACAAAUCUUCCAUUGGGGCAAAAGUACAUAA